CAAACCUCUCUGAGCUGAAAUCCGAGGAAGCCAGCAGGCACAACGCUCGCGCCCUCUGCCUCCACGCCUUCUCUGUGGUCCUGGAAUACAAGACAACGCCGCCACACUGGAAAAUAUGCUGUUCUGCCAUCCCCAGCCUGAGUCCUACCACCAGCACUCUGCUAGUUACAUUAGAUCAGAUGUGACAGCUGGCCAUCUCCUCGUGAUCUCCUCCAGAGAGGCGUUGGCGCCUUUCAUAAAGAACGAAGAAGCUCGGCUCAUGGCUGAAAAUGGUGCCAAAAGAACCCCGUUCCAGUACAUUCUGUGUGCAGCCACUUCACCGGCUGUGAAGCAGCAGGAGGAAGCGCUCACUUAUCUCAACCAAGGUCAGUCCUACGAAAUCCGUAUGCUUAACAGAAAACUAGUGGAGUAUACAGAUAUAAGCAGCAAAUAUGUGAAGGUAGGUGUAAGGUAUUGUGUAUGUUUGUCUGUUUUAUUUGUCUUUCAUGUGACCUCUCCCUCUUUCUCCUCUCGUCUGUUCACUUCCCUGGUUCGUCGCCGGUCCCUUGACCUUCCCUUCCACUUUGGGGGUGCUGUAUCGACCCUGAAGAGCUUGAGCAUUGUGCGCGUGGUUUUCCAUGACCGUCGACUGCAGUACAUGGAGCACCAGCAGCUGGAGGGAUGGAAGUGGAACAGACCUGGAGACCGAAUCCUGGACAUAGAUAUCCCUCUGUCAGUGGGGAUCCUGGAGCCUCGUUCAGACCCUCUGCACCUCAACACCAUCGAAUUCCUCUGGGAUCCCCUGAAGAAUGCUUCUGUUUUCAUCCAGGUCAACUGCAUCAGCACCGAGUUCACCCCCCGGAAGCACGGCGGGGAGAAAGGGGUGCCCUUCCGAAUCCAGGUGGACACUUACACCACCAAUGAACACGGAGAAUACGUCGAGCAUGUCCACUCAUCCAGCUGCCAGGUCAAAGUCUUUAAGCCUAAAGGAGCUGAUCGCAAACUGAAGACAGAUCGGGAAAAGAUUGAUAAAAAGACCCCUCAAGAUAGAGAAAAGUAUCAGCCAUCCCAUGACACUACCCUGCUGAAAGAGUGCUCGCCGUGGCCCGAUGCCUUAAAUCUAACCAGCCACAGCACCAGCAGCACGCCAUCACCAAUUUACCACAGCUCACCAACCUCCUGCACUUUCACUGAGGGCAACUGUUCUCCAAACCAGCAGGGGGAGCUGUUCAUGCCCGGCUGCUCUGAUCACCUUCUGCCGUCGUCCUCGCCGCAGGACACUCAGCAGUGGCUGCACCGUCACAGGUUCUCGCCUUUCUCAAGGCUCUUCACCAGCUUCUCAGGUGCUGAUCUCCUGAGGAUGACCAGAGAGGAUCUGAUCCAGAUCUGUGGUCCAGCAGACGGCAUCCGCCUCUUUAACACGAUGAAGGGAAGGUGUGUACAGCCCCGUCUUACCAUCUAUGUGUGUCAGCAGCAGGCCAGAAAUCAACCUCCCAUCAAACCAGGCUGUGGAGAAAUCUACCACGCUCUGUACCUGGAAGAGCUGACACUGCUGGACCUGUCUGAAAAGAUUGCUACACUGUACAACAUCACUUCCCAACAGAUCACACAAAUCUACAGACAGAAAACCACCGGGAUCCACAUCUUAGUCUCAGAUGAGAUGGUGCAGAACCUCAGGGAAGAAACCAGUUUCAUCAUCAGCACCAUACGAGAUGAAAACACUGAUGGUUACCACGUUGUGUUAAAAUGAUCUCCGGGACGUGCCUCAGUGGAGUUGUACAGAUUGUAAAUACGUUUUACUAGACACUGUAAUAAUAAUAAUAUUAAUACUACUAAUAAUGUGAUGUUUAAUAAGAUUUCCAUUAAAGUGAAAAUGCUUGUCAGCUCUUCGCUUACUGUUGAUUUUGAGCUUUAAUGUUCUCUAGUUAUUUUUUACAUAUUUGUUUAGUUACUGAUUCUUGCUUUGUUGCAAUUAGUAUUAACAAGCGCUGUACCAUUCUUUAAUAUGUCAAAUGCAAUGCUGUAAAUGCAACUGAAUGACUCUGAUGAUAAUAAAGCAAAAUAAAUGGAA